AGAAACAGCUGGAGAAUUUCUGGUUGUUCUCAAACAAUUUACAACUCAACAACGUGCUCAAAAUGAAAUUCUUUUCUGAGCUCCUCAUAAUUGCCAUCUCUGUUUCAGUGGGUGAAGCCUUCAACUGGACGAGCUCCUCCCCCGACAACAACGCCUCUUACUACGCGUGUGUGGGGGACAGCAUCACCUUCCCCUGGUCUUACAUCACGGACUAUCAUGAGACCGUCAGCUACAUCGAAUGGUACUUCUCGCAAACUUCAGACACAUACCCCGAAGUCAUUGCAAGUUUCAUCCAUGGAGAGUUUUUCGUGUCCAGCUCUGCACGACAACACCUGUCCUUCAGUGGCGAUGCAGGUCUGACCGUCAGCGGGUUGACACACAACGACUUUGGUGUGUACUCAGCUCGUGUUGUCAUCAACAGCUAUUCGUCUCUUGAAACAGAAGAAAGCUACAUUCACCUGCGCCUCCCAGAGACUCCUUCAACUACGGACCAACAGCUACACGCCAGGAUGCUGCCGAACCCAAUGCGUGGAUCAGGUGAAUGGCACGUGCAGCUCGCGUGCGGCUACUUCACGACACCUGGCACUGUGGCUGUGCUGUGGAAGACUCCGUCUGGUCAGAUACUCCACAACAGCACCUUCACAGGUGACGAGUAUGUCCUGACACUAGACAACCCUGUGGAGGAGGGCAGCUACACCUGCUUCCUGGAUGUCACUGACCCUGCUGCCAGAUGUGUUCACAUCUCCCCCACCAUGCUGUUCAGUAACGAAGUCCAUGUCGACAACUGCUCAGUACAGCGGGUCCUGGGGAAUCAUGCAAACCAGUAUGGAAAUGAAGAGAUGGUCUUAGCCAUCAAGCUGCUUUCCAGACAACAUGGUACUUACAGUGACAUAGUUCGCCUUGCCGACGGCAGCAGACCGUGGGAGGGACGAGUUGAAGUGAAGUAUUACGAUGGUACAUGGGGAACAGUUUGUGACGAUGAGUUUCAUCCAUCAUCUGCUGUUGUCGUCUGCAGAAUGUUAGGGUUUAUCGGAGAUUCACCAACAGUGUAUGGCAGUGCAGUCUAUGGCCAGGGCUCGCUACCAAUUCUGCUGGACGAUGUGUCUUGUAAUGGCAACGAAAGGACAAUAUUUGACUGCACACACAGCCCAGUGGGACAGCACAACUGUCAAAACAGUGAAGAUGUCGGAGUUGACUGUUUUCCAAACAUUCUGUGGAUUUAAACAAAAUCUCUUGUUUCGUGCCUUAUGUUGCUCAUUCCAUGUUAUC